AUGGCUGUGGCACAUCUGGUGCCUGGGAAUGUUCCUGGGCAAGGGUGUAAGAUGCCUAGCUGCUAUGAUAAUGCCCGGCAUGAAGAGGCUCUGCCGCCGGCUGUAGACUUGCGGGAACAAACUUACCGGGACACCUCUCUCCCCUCCUCAGUCCCCAGACUUCCCCUGCGGGCUAUGUGCCACCGGUUCACUUCCCCGCAGCAGGUACUGGACCCUGCCACUGCCGUGGGAGCCACGGGACCGAAGAUCCUUUCUCACCAGCCCAACCCUUACUCGCCCUUUUCCCUCACAGGCACUCACUCUCUCUGCUAUGACUUCACCAUCAAUUCUAAGGCAGCACCUGGACAGCAAUGGUGUACAGUCCAAGGCCAGGUGGACCACAAGAAUUUUCUCUCCUAUGACUGUGGCCUGGACAAGGUCAAAUCCUUGAGUGCCCUGGGAGGGAAAGUGAGUGCCACAGUCACCUGGGAAGAGCAAAAAGCCACACUGAGAGAAAUGGUGGAUAUGCUAAAACAGAAACUGGCUGACACUAAAGCAGAAAAUGACUUGGCCAAAACUCCUGGGAAGAUUGCCGAUCAACGCACGCGGCGUUCUCCCGGAUCCCAAGAGGAAAUCUCAAUGGCUUGCUGGCAUCACCUUUCAACCAAAAACGCCAUGCAUCAUAUUACUUUGCUGUGGCUCUUAGCAAAAUCCAGUGGAUGCACCAGUGGCUCCUGGCAGUUUGGCUUCAAUGGCCGGAUGUGGCUUUGCUUUGACUCAGACAACAAAAGGUGGACAGUGGUUCAUCCUGGGUCCAACUGGAUGAAAGAAAAGUGGGAAAAUGACAGAGAAAUGACCAAGUUCUUACACAAGACCUCAAUGGGUGACUGUAGAACCUGGCUUCAGAACUUGAAGGAAUGGGAGGCAGAGCUGGAGCCAACAGGUAACUGGCAGGAGGGGGAGGAAGUGGGAGCUGCUUUCACAUGAGUUGCUGCUACGUGUGUGUGUGUGUGUGUGUGUGUGUGACCCAUCAUCCACCUUGAGUCAGACCUGGGUUAACAGCCAAAGGUAUAGUCUUCCCAUCUUUUCCCUUCUCACCUCCUAAUGCCUCUUCCUAAAUGCACAUGCUUUGGUCUGGCAUUUGCUCGUCUCUUUUUGGAAAUUCUUGUGAAUCACUUCACAUGUCAGCUCCUGAGACCCUUCUCCACCACCAUCCUCAUGGGUCACCUCAUAUUCUGCCACGAGGAAGGAUGAUUUUCAUUGUCACCCAGGCUUCUCCCUUUAUCUAUAUGAGAUUCUUAAGGUCAGGACCCUUCUCCGGUCUCCCUUAGUCUUCAUGACCUGUCACAGCAGCUGCCACAUAGCAGAGGUCUAGGAACUAUGUGCCUGCCUGAAUGACAUGGGGCAUCAGGAGCUGAGCAGGCAUCUCCACAGAUUUUGCUCUGAACAAGGGCUAACUGUCUUGUGUUUCCACUUCAGGACCUUCAGUCGCCAACCCAGACAGAGUCUUCCAGGAGUCUACAGCCAGCGCGCUGAUUCCCUGGGCCCUGCUCUGGAUAAGGAGAGGUUGAGGGGGAAGGGGGAAGAAAGAUGUGUGUCUGUAACCCCACCCAAGUUCUGGGAACCAGGUUCCAAGAACCCCUCUUUCCACAGGGUUCUCCCCAUCCCCAGGUCCUAUGGCCCCUCCUAUCUGGAGGAGGAGCAGGCUCCCAGUCAGGGAGCAGAUCCAGUCAUUACAGCUGCAGUCCUGAGACACCAAGGCCUACUGCAGGGCUGGGGCUGAUUCUGGCCUGUGAGAAAGAAGGGAGGAGGGUGGUAGAGGCUGCAGGACCCUUGGGUUAUGGGUGGAGGGGAACACAUGACCCAAGGUAAGCACCCAGGAGAACUGAGGUAGGAUUUCUUCAGAGAGUUGAAGUAACAUGUUUCUUGUCUAAAGGUUGAAGAUGCUCCCAAGAAGCUUCUGAAAAUGUGAUUCAGUUAAAUAACUGUCCUUACUGGUCUUCUGCCAGUCUACUACCUGCUCUUCCUCCAUAGAGCAGAUGAAGAUUGAAGUACAAACCCACAGGCCUCAAACAUGUCAGACUUUCCUAUGUAGCCUAGAGCUCCUCUGCUUAUUCAGAUCUAGUGAGGAUUUGGAAGAAACGUGUGUUGCACUUCUAGGAACACCAUGAGCCAUAAUCAACUUCUGCAAGAGUCGGACUGUUCUGGUUGAUGCUUUCACUCUCCUGUCCAUUGCAGCAGCCACACACACCUUUCCUUUGCCACCCACUGGCUCCUGCCACCCCAGGAUCUGAUGACCCCCAUAAAGAUCCUGUAAUUUCAGCUUCAACUUUGAGCCCUUUAUUCUGUUUUGUGAUAGUCCAAUUCUGCACUCUUUGUUAACAUGUUAGGCCAAGUCCUUUGCUAACCUAUGGAAUUGUACACUUAGCUCUGGCUGCUGGAACAGGAAAUCUCAACAAGGUGUUUCCAUCCUGGUCCUGUGUAAUCAAAUACUUCUCUGCACCUUGAGUUGACCUUUGUAUAGACUGGAUCUAGAAUGUCCCCCAAACAUCCAUGUGUUGACUCGGGUGCUAUUGAGAGGUGAAGAAAACUUUAGGAGGUGAGGGGUUGGGUAUCUCUUUGAAGGGCUCUUUAUGUCCCAGGCAUCUUCCUCCCUCUCUCCCUCUCUUUUAAAAAAGAAUAAAUUACUUAUCAUUGCUACCACAAUGUGAGCGGUAUCUUCUGCCACAGAUCCUACUGCCAGGAUAUUCUGCCUUACCUCAGGCCGGAAAACAAUGCAGUCAGCCAAACUUGGACUAAAACUUCUGAAACAGUGAGAUGAAAACUAAUAUUUCCUCCUCUAGGUGGCUGUCUUCAGAUGUUUUGUCACAAUGAUGAAAAGCUGACUAACACUGCCUUGAGAUGGUGCAAUAUGUCUCUAAAAUACCAUGGCAGCCUUCACUAUUAACUUCAGGGACUCUGUCUGUUUUGUCCUAUUUAAAUAAGCAUCUCUGUUUUGUCAAAAAAAGAAUCUUAAUGAGUUUGGAGUUUUUUAUGCAAUAUGGUGGUUAAUUUUAUGUAUCAACCCAUUGCCUGGGGAUACCCAGAUAGUUGGUAAAACAUUAUUUCUGGGUGUUUCUCUGAAGGUGUAUUUGGCAAAGAUUUGCUUUGAAAGCAGUAGCCUGAGCAAAGCAGUCUCUCUCCCUAGUGUAAGCAGGCAACAUCCAAUCCUUUCAGGGCCCAAACAAAACCAAAAGUCAGAUUCUUUGGAAAGGCAAAUUCCUCUGUGUGAUCGAGGUGUCCAUCUGCCCUGGUUCUGGGAUAUGACAAGCCAUCACUGUUUCUCAGACUUCAUGACUCAGAUCAGGAACUUACACCAUCAGCCCUCAGUCCCAGUUCUUUUGUUCAGACUGAAUUAUACCUCCUGCUUUCCUGGUUCUCUAGCCUGCAGAAAAAGACUGUGAUUUCUUGGCUUCAUAAUCCAUAGACCAAUUUCUACAAUAAGUCUCUUGGUUCUGUUUCCCUGGAGAACCCUGACCAAUAAAACUUUGUGGAGAAUGAAUGGCUUUUUGUACUUCCUUCACAUUGUAGAGUAAAUAAAACCAGCGAUUCUGCUAAAUUUGCUUAUGUAAGUAGAAUUUAUGAAUCAUUCUUAAAUUAACAGGAGUCUAGAUGGUGAUCUCAAACAUUUUGCUGACUCAAAACAAAUGUGCUUAAGGGAUGAAAUUCUUUCUGGUUUUACCCCAGCACACUUCACCCUUGAUAGUGAUUUUGGUUUUGUUAUUGUUAUUCCUCAACCUGACCUCACCUUCAAUUAGAAGUAAGUUGUAUGCAUGUGGGUAUGGGAGUAUAUAGUGGAGAACAAAUUGAAAAACAAUUCUAUUUAUCCGCUUCCUUCCCCCUGUAGAAAUAAAACAAAUCUUUACAUUCAAAACAAAAAAAAAGAA